AUGCAGCGCACUCCCGGUGCCGCCCUUGAGACUGCAGUUCCUAUGGAGAAGCGGGAGGCGUUCUUGGCAGCUUAUGCAAAGAUACGGGAAGAGAUUCUUUCUGAUCUCAGUUCAGGGGACUUUCAGCUCCCGGAUAACAUCCUUGAAAGAGUGAAGUUUUGCUUGGACUACAAUGUUCCGCACGGUAAGCUGAACCGAGGUCUCGCGGUUCUGGAAGCGUAUCGAGCAGCACGCCGCUGCGAGACCUUCGAAGCGCUCUCGGAACAGGAGCGUCAGGAUGCGUUGCUACUUGGCUGGUGCGUCGAGUGGCUCCAAGCUUUUUUUCUGGUCGCUGAUGACGUUAUGGACGGGAGCAAGACCCGCCGCGGCCGUCCGUGCUACUAUUUGUUGGACCAUAUUGGUUUAAGUUCCGUGAACGACUGCCUGCUGAUAGAGGCACAAAUCUAUCGUCUGCUCCGCAGGAGGUUUCGGGCCCGUGAAAGUGAUCCCGAACUUUAUCUGGACCUUGUUGAACUCUUUCUCGAUACGACAUACAGCACAGAAGUCGGACAGAUGUUAGACCUCGAAUCGAGCACCGGAUCCGACGCUAUGCUCGAAAAGUUUACUGAGCAGAACCUUCUCCGAAUCUAUCGCUUCAAGACCGCAAUUUACAGUUUUUAUCUUCCCGUGGCACUUGGAAUGCGUCUGGCGGGCAUCCGGAACUCGUUGUAUUACCAGCAAGCGAAGGAAAUCCUGCUCGAGAUGGGUGCUUACUUUCAGGCACAGGAUGAUUUUCUGGACUGCUUUGGGGAUCCUGUGGUGACAGGAAAGGUUGGAACAGACAUUGAAGAAAGAAAGUGUACUUGGCUGAUCGUCGAAGCACUAAAGUGCUGCUCUCCUGCCCAGCGGGAAAUGCUGCGCUGUUCGUAUGGCAAACAGGAUUCCGAUAGCGUGGCUCGCAUCAAGGCGCUCUACCGCGAGCUUGGUUUACCGCAACGAUUUCAAACCUAUGAUCAGGAAAGUUAUGCCCGAAUUCAACGCAAACUUGAAGCCCUGGAUGCGGACUUCCCGGUGGAGGCCCUCAGAUUUCUGUUGCAGAGCAUCUACAAGAGAUCGAAAUGA